AUUAUGGUUGCUCUUACUAUGGUAUUGGGAGAUCUUUUAGUUCAUUAUUGAGGCUCUCUCUUUUCCUCUGAUUUGCCCAUAGUUUGACAUCCCUACUUUCCAUGGUUGACAGUAUCUGGAUUUUGGCACUACAAAAAGGAUUCUAGGGAUUUUUUUUUAAUGUUUAAACUGAACUGGAGUUGUGAAUACCAAUUUACUUGCAGUUAAGAAGUGAGGCCAAUACAAAGAAUAGGAUGGAGGCAAAGUAUAGUCAUACUAUGGGAUCAAAAAGUUUUGCUCGAGUGCGAGAAGAGGAGAAGAGGAAAAGACAAAGUGAAGAUGAACCAUCCGAAGUAGAUAUGUUUAUGUUGACUUGAAAGAGAAAGGAAGGGACAUUAAAACUUGAUGAAGAUACAAGAAUUGAGCUUGAAAAUUUAUCCUCCCAAUCAAUUGACACCCCUGAGAGUAGCACUGGGAGGGAGAAUUUCUUGAAGAAAGCGUUAAAAGAUCAUCCUGGUCGUGCGCCUCUUUAUGGAAAAGGAGUUGCACCUUCAGAUUUGAAGAAAAAUAUGACAAGUGCACAAUCCUCUGAAAGCUUGGCUGCUGGACAUAGAAUGAUAAUGGAGCUUGAGGAAAGGUAUCAGGCAAUGAUCACUGGUUUGAAUACUUUCAUUGCAAAUAUAGCAGCAGCAGCUUAUCCCAAUGUGGAACUACCUCCUGGAUUGGUUCAUUCUCCUAUGACUAACAGCGGCUCACCUCAAGAUGCUUCAAGUGCUCCUCGUGUCAACGUCCAACGAUCUUUCACGGCUACAAAUAUCAUGGAUCAGCACAAUGAAGAGGGAAAUGAAGUUGAGCAAGGAGAUCAUGAUCAAGUUGGACAAGACAAUAUCUGAAAACUUGUUAGCUGAUAAAGCUAUUCCACUCCUUUAAUUUUGUGAACUGCAAUUCUUUGAAUUUAUGUUGUUGAAUUAUGCUUCUGACAUUUUUAGUUAUAUGUAUCCAACUGAGGAUAUGUAUGCAAAUUGGAUCAGUUACUGUUG